CCCUUCGUUGAAUUGAUGAAGGGUAGAUAGAGGAGAGACUUCUUUAGAUUCUUUGAAUUGAGAGAGAGAGAGAGAGAGAGAGAGAGAGAGAGUUCAUCCCUUCAUUGAAUUGAUGAAGGGAAGAUAGAGAAGAGAGACUUAUUUAGAUUCUUUGAAUUGAGAGAGAGAGAGAGAGAGAGAGAGAGAGAGAGAGAUUUCAUUGGAUUCUUUGAAUUGGAAGGGAAUGUGGAUGUGUUCUUUUAAUGGGGUUUUCUAAUAUCACCAGUGAAAUCCUGCCAUUGAAUGGGACGGUUCCGGUGGGCCUCCUUUUCUCAACCAAUGCCGAUCAUGACCGAGUCAUCUCGAUGUCAGUGUUCGUUGCAGUGCUCUGCUUCUGCAUUCUUGUUGGCCACUUACUGGAGCAAAACCGAUGGGUGAACGAAUCUAUCGCCGCCAUUCUUAUGGGAUGUGUUGCCGGAACUGUAAUCUUGCUUUUGAGCAAAGGCACAAAAUCACACAUCCUAAGAUUCGAUGAAGAAUUGUUCUUCAUAUACCUUCUGCCACCCAUAAUCUUCAAUGCUGGAUUUCAAGUUAAGAAGAAGCAGUUCUUCCGAAACUUUCUUACCAUUAUGCUGUUUGGUGUGAUCGGUGUCUUUAUUUCAUCCGUUAUCAUUGCAGCAGGCAGUUGGUGGGCAUUACCAAAGAUCGGGUUCAAUGGGCUCACAACGUGGGACUAUCUUGCGCUUGGAGCAAUCUUUUCAUCAACCGAUACCGUUUGCACCCUACAGGUUCUACAUCAGGACGAGACUCCUUUACUGUACAGUUUAGUGUUUGGGGAAGGAGUGGUAAACGACGCAACAUCAGUAGUUCUCUUUAAUGCAAUCCAAAAGCUUGAUGUCUCUAAACUUGAUGGCUGGGCCGUGGUUCAAAUCAUCAAAGAUUUUCUCUACUUAUUUACAAUGAGCACUGGUCUCGGAAUUAGUGUCAGCCUCCUUACUGCAUAUGCUAUUAAAGCUCUCUAUUUUGGUAGGCACUCGACCGAUCGUGAAAUUGCUCUAAUGGUAUUAAUGGCAUAUUUCUCCUAUUUGUUGGCAGAGCUGUUAAAUUUUAGCGGGAUUCUCACAGUCUUCUUCUGUGGAAUUGUCAUGUCACAUUACGCUUGGUAUAAUGUGAGUGAGAACUCCAGAAUCACCACCAAGCAUGCAUUUGCAACAAUGUCGUUCAUUGCAGAAACAUUCAUCUUUCUUUAUGUGGGAAUGGAUGCUCUAGACAUUGAAAAAUGGAAAAUGACCAAGACGAGCGUUCGGACAACCUUCGGCAUCUAUUCUACAAUCCUCUUGUUAGUGUUGAUUGGGCGAGCGGCAUUUGUGUUCCCUCUCUCCACUCUAUCCAAUUACAUGAAUUCGAGUGCAGAAAGGACAAUGAUUACAUUCAAACACCAGGUUAUAAUCUGGUGGGCCGGGCUCAUGAGAGGAGCUGUUUCUAUUGCUCUAGCCUUCCAUCAGUUCACAUAUUCUGGAGAUGCAUUGAAUCCGGUGCAAGCAACGAUGGUGACUGUAACGGUUAUUAUCGUCAUCUCUAGUACAGUGGUAUUUGGUAUUCUAACGAAGCCACUGAUAAACGUCUUGCUCCCUCACCAUGCCUGUGGGAACCAUCACUACAUCCGGCCUGACUCCCCCAAAGACGAUCUACCCCUUCCAUUGCUCUCCUUUGAAGCAUCCACCUCCACCAACAUUAUCUGUGCAAAGAACAGUAUAUCUAUGCUACUAGAGAGGCCUGUACAAACCAUACACUCCUAUUGGAGGAAGUUCGAUGACCAGUAUAUGAGGCCCAUUUUCGGUGGGCCCUGUUAGUAAGUAGGUAAGUAUCUGCAAUGCGCCUGUGAUGAGAUCAGUGAGAAUGGCCCACCAGGGCCAUGUCUCUCCAUUAAGGAGUGUACAUAUUACUCUGAAAACUCACUGUUUAUAUUGUAAUUUAUGAUUCCAUAUGGUCUAUAUAUAAGGAACAAGGACCAGACCCACUUGAUAAGGUGCUGACCUGGUCCUGUCUUUAGGCAGACUCUCGGUCGAGCUCGAGUGACAUCUAAUACGCCUAAGAGAGUGGAUCAUGCAAUUUUGUCA